UCCCAAAGUCACCCUACCCUAAGCAAACACUACCAUAUAUACCCUUAGAUCUUGAGAGAGCAGAGCAGAGAAGAGAAAAUCCUCCCAGCUGCCAUGGCCACCAAGACCAUUUUCACCCUCUCCCUUCUCCUCCUAGCCACUCUCACGACAGCGUGCGGCACAUGCACGCCCAAGCUGCCGCCGAAGGCACCGCCGGUGAACCCAUACUGCCCUCGGGACACACUGAAGCUGGGCGUGUGCGCUAAUCUGCUGGGAGGGCUGGUGAGCAUUGAGCUUGGGCACGCCCCAACCAGCCCAUGCUGCACUCUUCUUGCAGGGCUGGCGGAUUUGGAAGUCGCCGCUUGCCUUUGCACUGCCCUGAAGGCCAACGUGCUUGGGAUCAACCUGGAAGUGCCGGUGGCUCUCAGUGCUCUUGUUAGUGCCUGCCAAAAGACUGUCCCUACUGGCUUCAAGUGCCAAUAAUUAAGCCAACAUUAUAUUAUUUCUCCCCACACCUAGCCGUGGCUCAUUUUCAUGAUUUUGUUGUUAUUGGUGUCUGCUUCUGUGUUGUACAAUUGUUAUUGUUUGUUUCUUAACGUUAUUAGGAGGUUCUUUUAAGUAGGCAAAGCACUAUUUUGCCUUAGCUUAUCAGUUUGUGUAAUUGUGUUGUCGGAUUAUUGUUAAGAUAAUCUUACUUUGCUUUGUUGUAAUAUUUACUGUUCAUUUUUCAUUAUUCAGUAACUUUGUGUUGAAUAAAAGUGGUAGAAUAUUUUUGUGACA